AUGGGGGGCACGGGCUGGUGCAGCCUGGAAGAGAUAGGGCCUUUUUCCCGGCUGAGCAAGCUUACUUUACAUGGUCUAGAAAAUGUGCCUGCUAGCUCGUCGGCUGAAAUGGCCAUGAUUAGUAGCAAGGAGCACAUUGAUUACUUGGAACUUAAUUGGAGUAGCAGCAGAUUCAUGGGACUGAGGGAUGAAAUUAACAAGCAGUUGCAGCAGAUAGUAGUGGAGGAGGUAAUUGAGAAGCUCACCCCUCCAUGCAGCAUAAGGCACCUACACAUUGAAGGAUACUUUGGUAGUCGGCUACCAAAUUGGAUGAUGUUUCCAGCUACAUGGGCCUUUAAAAGCCUGAGGCAUUUAAGGAUGGACAAACUCCACUAUUGCACCCAACUCCCCAACGGUUUGUGCCAGCUCCCUAUUUUGGAGGCCCUGGUUAUUGACAACGCACUUGCCAUUAACAGUGUUGGGUCUGAAUUCCAGUCACCCUCCUUCCUGGCGGUCGGUGGAGGUAUUGUCACUGCUAGAUCAGUAGUAGGUUUUCCUAAUCUGGCAACUCUUCGUCUGGCUGGCUUGUGUGAAUGGGAGGAGGAGAGCGACAGUGAGACUACAGAAGCUAUGGCCAUGCCUGUUCUGAAGAAGCUCAUAAUUGGUAGCUGCAAACUGAGUUGUCUUCCACCAGGGCUCCUCAGUAGCAGGAGGCAUGCUCUAAGAGAACUAGAACUGUACAAGCUGAGCAACCUGACAUAUAUAGAGAACAUCCCUUCCGUUGUGGAACUUGAUGUAUUCGACUGCCCGAAGCUGAAAAGGAUCAACAAUCUCUCUAAGUUGCAGAAAAUCAAGAUCUUAUACUGCCCAAAUGUGGAGGUGCUAGAAGGAGUCCCGUCACUUGACAACAUGGAGUUGAUGGACGGCACCAUGGAGACGAUUCCGGAAUAUCUGACAACAGUAACCCCAAGAUAUUUCAAGUUGACAUGCAGCAAGAAGUUGUACGAGUCCUUGUUAACAGGCAGCAGCUCAUCUGAGUACAACAAGAUCAGCCAUAUCAAGUCACGCACUAUCGACUACUUUCGCUCAAGAUGA